AUGCAGCGUAUCCAGCAAGUAGACUGGAAGGCCGUCCGUCGCGACGGUCAUAACAUCUUCACCAAGCUCAUCAGGACGAAGGACCCGUUGGAGGCAGAGGCCAACCAAGAACUGGCUGUGCCGGGGAGACAUCGUUUAUCGCGUUGUUUAACCACUACGGAUCUGACGUCCUUGGGCGUGGGCUCCUGUGUUGGCACCGGGAUGUAUCUCGUUGCUGGCAUGGUGGCCCGCAAGUUCGCAGGCCCUGGCGUUAUGAUAAGCUUUAUCAUAGCGGCCAUAGCCAGUAUCUUUUCGGGUGCAUGCUACGCCGAGUUCGGCGUCCGUGUCCCGAAUACCACUGGAUCGGCUUAUACCUACUCAUACGUCACCGUUGGAGAGUUCAUCGCCUUCAUUAUUGGUUGGAACAUGGUGCUCGAGUACCUGAUCGGGACUAGUGCCUGCGCCAGGGCUCUGAGUGCGUGUUUCGACUCUCUCUUCAACGGAGCUAUUUCCCACCAUCUCGCUCUCAACAUCGGAACUAUCUUUGGCAAGCCCCCGGACUUCAUCGCUUUCGCCAUUACUCUUUUGAUGAUGCUCGUCCUGAUCGCUGGCGUGAGGAAAUCGCUGAUGUUCAACAACAUCCUAAACUCCAUCAACCUCAUAGUUUGGGUGUUCAUCAUGGGCUCCGGUCUCUUCUACGCCGACUUCAGCAACUGGACUGAUCAUAAGGGUUUUCUUCCGUACGGAUGGAACGGGGUGUUCAGCGGCGCCGCUACUUGCUUCUACGCUUUCAUCGGGUUCGAUAUCAUUGCUACCACCGGAGAAGAGGCCAACAACCCUAAGCGUUCCAUCCCUCUGGCUAUAGUGCUGAGUCUGGGCAUCAUCCUACUGGCUUAUGUUAGCACUUCCAUGAUGCUGACUCUGAUAGUUCCCUACGACCAAAUAGACACCGACUCGGCCUUGGUACAAAUGUUCGCCCGCGCCGGCGCCCCCAUCUGCAAGUACAUCGUUGCGAUUGGUGCUCUCGCUGGCCUCACCGUGUCCAUGUUUGGUUCCAUGUUCCCGAUGCCAAGGAUCAUCUAUGCAAUGGCGCAAGACGGACUAAUCUUCAAGUCACUGGCGUCGAUUUCGGAGACAUCCGGGACUCCAGCCCUCGCUACCAUCCUAGGAGGUUUCGCUGCCGCAAUGGUAGCCCUGACUAUCCAGCUGGAGGUGCUCGUUGAAAUGAUGAGCAUCGGCACCCUUCUCGCCUAUACCUUGGUUUCAACCUGCGUUUUGGUUCUCCGCUAUCAACCUCACACCACAAACCUCAUCGAGCUGCUGCCGCAAAGCUUGAGAACUCCUGUAGAACCAGACGCAACUGCCACCGCGUCCCACGAGACAUGCUUCACUGGACACCUGCAAGCCCAUAUCCAAGCAGCCAGUCAACACGUUAUGGUCCGUCGUGUCACCCGAAGUUCUCCGGACUCCGACGAUACUCUUCCUGGCGACGACAGCGAAGAGUACGGUCGUGAUGACACCUUCCUCGUUAACUCGGCUGCCGAAAACAAGUUCUACGUGGGCGCGGUUCCUGGGGGCUCCGGAGCUGCUUACACGCGUUGCGGCCGCUUCAUGGAAGCAAUAUCUCGUAGGCUGCACGCCAUGUCUUAUCUCUGCCCUGGUCUCUUCCCCUGGGUCGACUGCGGUCCGGCUACCGAAUUUACCGGUUUGUUCGUGAUCAAGGCUGUAGGUGUGAUGUUCGUUAUGAUCUUCUUGUUUGACGUCUUGGCUGCCUACGGUAACCCUGGUACCUCCACCUUCACCGCCAUUGUUAUGGUACUUCUCUUUCUCGGAAUCGUCCUGAUCCUUCUUCUUAUCUCCCGUAAACCACAGAACCGCGUUGCCCUGAUGUAUACGACCCCUGGACUUCCGUUCGUGCCGACUAUCGCUAUUAUCGUCAACAUCUACCUGAUUCUGAAUCUCUCGAUCCUGACUCUUGUUCGUUUCACCGUCUGGAUGGCACUCGGUCUCGUGAUGUACUUCAAAUACGGAAUCAAGAACUCAACCUUGGAAACCAACCCAAAGAUGCCACGCGCUGUUACUCCACCCCCACCGAAUCCCCUUGACCGCACCACGAUCCCGCCAGCUUCUCCAGGACAGUCCAAACCAGUUGGAGACCGAAACAUUUUUGAGGGAGACGGCAAUAGCGGAUUCUACGGACACUUUGACCAAUACCCCGAUCCGCUUCUGUCUUGGCACGAGUCGAAUCUAGAGCCUGCUCAAUCAACCAGUCGAGGAACAAUGUCAACGACUACAUACAAACAGGUUGAGACUAGAUACAACAUGAAAACCAACAGUACCACAUCCCACACUUCGAGUCGACCACCAUGGGCGUACCCAGAUUCUACAUAUGACACAUGGGACGACUAAAGUCUCUUUUUUUAUUUUCUCCAUUAGAUUCAUUUAAAUACUUACAGUAUCUGGCGGUUACUAUUUGGUGAGAUUUUGACGUCACCAAUUUUGUGUAAUUCAUCAGAUACUAUGAGUAUUUUUGAAAUAGUUUUCAACUAAAUAUUUCAUUGGUAAUAAUUUUAGCACCAUCACAAUUCAAUAUAUUAUUGUCUCAAGAUGGGCGGCGACAUGUACGUUUUGAUGACCAUGGGCUCCGGUAACAACUUAACAUCAGGCGGACCGCGAGCUCAUCCGCCCAUAUAGAGCAAUAAAACAUAUCCCCAAAACAUCUCUGACCACUAAUUAAAAAAAACCUACAGUCUUAGUAUAAAUUUCCUAAAAUUAUCAAUGAAAAUUUAGUAACAUUAGAUCAUUUCUUAUUCUCAUAAAUUUGUCGGUUUUUAAGCGAUUUUUUCUAAAAUGUAGGUGUAUACAUUAUUAUCUAAUUUCUAUCAUUUAAAGUCUGUUAAUUGUAAUGAUUUUUUCAUUCAUUUAAAGUUACAUUUAAGUUUCUAAAUAUGAAUUUCUUUUUUAAAUAUAAUUUAUCAACUCAUUAUACACCUACUACUUUAGUUAAUCUUUUUAAAAAUAUUUGUUUAUUUAUUUGUUUAAUUUAACGUCUAAGUUAAAAAGAAGAGUAACAUCUUAUAAAGGAACCAUGUAGUACUCGGUGGAUCGUGGUGGACUCCAAAUUUAAUAUGCGGAAACAAAUAUCCUACGUGGCUAUAGAUUACUUUCUGGAACGCUCGAAUUAUAUUCUACAUCAAAGAAAAACUAAGAACUAACUAACAAGAAUAACUUCUUGUUGUCCACCGAUAUAUCUUUCAUUUUAAUUUUUUUUUCUAUUCAAUUUACUUCCCUUCAUAACUAUCAACCUCACUAGAAUCACAUUAAAAAUUCCUAUCUUCAAAUCGAAACAUAUCAGACGAAUUUCUAUAGAUUUCUUAAAAUUACUUACAAUAUUUAUGUAGACUAAUCCCCUCUAUCUAAACUAUCCUAUCUAAAACAGUUUGGAAAUUCUCUUAAAUACAAAACCAUUGUAUUAAACUGUCUUAUACUUUGUACAUGUCUUUAGAAACUUCUACGGAGUUCGUUCAACUUUUGAAUCCCUCUUAUUGUUCGAAAGCCUGUAUUGGAAUGUGUAUUUGUUGCGGAUCGUUAUUGAGUUAAAAUUUCACUAACAAUUUAAUGUAUCGAAGAUUUUUCGGGACAUGUUAAACCAUGAAUACGUAAGCUGGCGAAAACGAAUCACAACAAACAAUCACUACUGGAAAGUCUUCCGUCUAUUAUAACUGAACGUUUAUUUGUGUGAGAUGAGAGUGCAAUUGAAACUAGAGUUAUGGUAGGGAUUGGCAAUGUCUGGAGUGAUAGAACAGGCCAGGGACGCCGGCCAUGUUCAGUGGUCUGACGUUUUAAUUGCCUUCAUCAUUUUCAGCAAAUGAAGGUUUAGCUUUAUAAUAAUUCGUAAAUAUAAUCGCUGAGUGGCCGUUAUUAAAUUCGCUAACACGUCGAUUCCUAUUAAUUUGUUUUAUUUUCAUCGAGUCUCGGAGGCAUUCUUGAUGACGUGAUAUUUUAUGUAAUGUGUUAUAAGUUUGUAAUUUUAAUCAGCUAUUCUAGAAACUUAUGGGUCCGCGACUAGUUUUCGUAAUUAGGUUAAUGAAUGUUUUUCGUUACUAAAUGUAUCUCGUUGGAUUUUGCUGCGAUCGGCAUUUGGACUGUGAAAAUUUGGACUGAACUUAGAUGAGGCUAGAGAGGUGGUGUCGUUGGCAGCAAAAUUAAUCGCUAGUAAUUAGUCUUGAUGUAAGUCUUAGUAUAACGUAGUUUUAAGGCGGCAGUGUCUCUAAGUAAAACCUCCAGCGUCAUAAAAAAAAAUUAAAACAAAGAAUUAUCACGAAUAAUUCUAUUUCAGUACUUUUAGUAUCAUAUAACAGGAAUUAAUAUUCAUUUCUGAAAACGUCGUAAUUGAAAAUAAUAAAGAACUUAACAGUUGAUCUUAACAGUUGUUGAUCAAUGAAUUAAAUGGUUGGCUUUUGAAAUGUGAUCGUGGAAUUGUGAAUGAAUGUAUGUUAAUUGUUAAUAGCUGGUUCGCAUGGUGUCCCUUGACUCGUUCUGUAAUUAGAAUUAAAUUCAAUUCGAGAAUUUCUCGAAAAUUCGAUAUUAAUUCUGAAUAUAGACGACAACGGGGAUAAUAUUAUUUAGUGUAUAAAGCGUGAGAGUUUGUUGUAAUGGUUAAUAUCUGGUAUUCGAAUUAAGGCAAAAUUGUUAAAUAAUCGUUAAAUUUCAAAUCGGUAUCUAGUACUCAAGUUUUUGCGAUGAGGCUGCAUGCCAUUUAGAUUUUAAUAUCAUUAUACCUAUUUAUUCUCUAGUAAUAAUGAAAUAACGUGUGUCGUAUGCCGCGUAUGAAACCAAAACCUACUUCAUUAAUUAGGACAGACCCCAAACCACUAUCGUAUUUUUAAUAUGUGUGCUUUAUGAUUCUCGUGAAAAAAUUUAUGAUCCGUUGCUAACUAUGAAGCUUAUUACAGCACGCGUUUUGUAACUGGUAUUGGAUUGUGAAUAUCAUCGGUCUUGAAGUGUACUUGAAAGAUAAUAAGAGAUAUCGUCAACAAAAAGUAUAGAUAAUAACUGAACCGACGCUAUAAUGGAGCGAAAUGAUGUGGCAUCAUUGGAACAACAAAAAUGUUAUAUAAAUAAUUAGUAAUGGUUAUAAUGUGCCUACAACGAAUACAGCUUACAAAUCACUAAUAAUGUUAGGCACCUUAAAGUGAGAUCUAACUUUAGGCAGAAUAAUUAUAUUACCAGGAAUUUUAAAAGCUAUGAUCUAAUGUAACAGUCUUAGUAACUUAAACUAAACACCAAAAAGUUAUGUUAGGCACCUUAAAGUCAGAUCUAACUUUAGGCAGAAAAAUUAUAUUACCAGGAAUUUUAAAAGCUAUGAUCUGAUGCUACAGUCUUAGUAACAUAUACUAAACACCAAAAAGUAUAUGUUAGGUCUAUUAGUUAUUGUAUUAAAAAUUUAUCAGAUUUAUGGGAAGCAAGCUAGAUUAUAAUACAAACAAUCUUUGAUAGACUUGUGUACGUACGGUAAGAAAGAAAAUUGAUGCGAAAAUCUCAACGUGUGCUCAGUUAUGUUGCUGUAAGUAUUAUUUUGAACCCCGAUUUUCGUCUUGUAUCCCGAUAAAUGUUGAAAUGGUAUGAAAAAAAAAAAUACCUUAGGAAUGUAAGUUCUCAGAGCUUCGUCCAUCAUAUCGCGACGACUCUGACGAUAGUUUAAGUUUUAAAAAUUAUUAAACGCCAACAUUAUAUGUGUUUCGUGAGUAAUCUAAAGGAAUGUAAUCGAUAAAUGGUACUUGGAAAUGUUUUGCUAUGUGUAUCGCUCAAACGCAGGCUGAAAUAUACAUAUUAGCAUGAAUGAAUGAGCCACUAUACACGCAAAUAAUACGAGUAACGUUCGUCGAUUUCGCAGAUCUGUGGUGAGUUUUGUGUAGCAAUUUUAUUCAUUAAAUUCUUAAAAAUUCAAUUCAUAAUAAAAAAAUGCUGUCUCACUCUUACACACUAGAGAGUGAAACGCAUAUUUUUGUAAAAUAUUUAAAUUGAAAAUGCAUUUCUAAUGAUUUAAUGAUAAAAGAACGUUUAUAAUCGUAAACAGAUCUGUUAAAAUUUAAUUUUAUGUACUCAUUGGAAACAUAAAUAAUGGAGUUUAAAUACAUGUAAUCGAUAUAAUAUUACUUAACAAUUUAUCUUAAUCAAUAUACUGAAAUAUAUAAUACGGAAUAUGUGUCUAAUGUAAUCACAUUUAAUUGACCCUUUAUAAGUCUAAGUUAACGCAGAGGUUGCAAUAGCAAUCGAAUUACCCGCUCAUGUGACAUAAAUGCAGAGAUCGACCGAAUAUCUUAUUAGGCUUCGUUGAAGCGUUCAAAAUACUGUGCACACACCUUUAGAUAUACUCAAAAAGGAGAAUUGUGCAAUCACCAUCUUGAUACAGACAACAAAUUUCGUUUCGCAUGGGUUUAAAAGGAAACAAAACUACCCUCGCACUUAAUUGGCUUCUAUAGCUACAUUACGCUUUGGAACCGUGCUCCAUCCUGUACCGUUAAAUUAGUAGUAACAUUUUAAGCCUGAAAGUAGAUUCUUGGUAUCGGCGGAAAUUAACUUCGAAUUUACGAGAAUUAAAAAGACGCUUGAUAUUAAAGAGCGUCGGGCUUAUUUCGAAAUACAUAGUUGGAUGCUUCAUAUCCAAUAUGUUAAGAAAACUACCCGCUACAGAUUACCUGAGGAGUUUUCAUUAAUUACUACAGACUUUUUACAAUCGUCGGUACAUCGCGUUUCCAAGUCAAACAUUCACCUUGAAGCUCAGGUCAUAGAUGAUCGUACAUGGUCGAUCACACGCACACACACACGACGAUCUGCAAAUGCAGCCUACUAAAUAUCUCUAUUAAUGUGACAACCCUUAAUUUGGUUGUCUAAAUUGGUUUUUACGCCAAGUAAGAUCCGGUAAGUUUCUCUGUUUUUGACGUGAGCGAUUAGAUGAAAAUGCAUGAUUUGUUAAGGUUCCGGGAAUAUUGCAGAAUUCGGCAUUUACACUAAAUGAGUGCGCAGUGAUCAACACAGAACAGAACUUCGAUGUGCAAUCGAGCUUAAAAAUUUUAGCCUCCUAACAGACGUAGGAACCACCUUAAGUGUAUAUGCUAAUUCGCUGUUGAAUAAAACUAAAAAGCGGAUAAUGUAAUGUGUUUUGAGUCAUUUUACAUUCGUUUUCAUUGUCUUAAUGCCUUAAUCGUAGCGUAGCCGUUGACUUUGCUCCUUUGCUACGCCGCAUUGAGUUUAGAUCUCGUAUAUGGCAAAGCAAGUGACAGAAAUGGAGACAAUGGCGAUUGUUAGUUUUGCGACUGCUUAUAUUGGUACUUCUCACAGAUGAACAAAAUUCUGCAUGUCAGUUUCGAACUUACCAAGCCUAAAACCUCGUAUAAGAGAACACAGCCUUUGGAUCAUGUAAGUUUAAAUAAAUACGAAAACGAAUUUUAAACAAAUAUUAAAUCAAAAAAGAUUUGAUCCAUUGAAGAGAAAUCAUUCAUUGAUCCGUUGAGAAAUUGAUCCAUAACAAAUCACCAUUUUUGUAGUUCGCUGGCUAUAUGUAACCUUUGCCUUUAACCUUUGGUUGUACUUGUAAAUCGAUAUGAUCAAAUAUUGGACUGAAUUUUAUUUUAAGGAAAGUUAGUCUCAUAAUAGCAUUUCACUUGACGCCGUGUAUGCGAGUAGAGGUACUAAAAGUUUUAAUCAAUAUUCAAAAGAAAUCACUAACUUAAUCAAAUGAACCAACAAAUAUAAACUUACUCAGGAAACAGAAACGCGUCUGUCUAAAAUAAAUGAAUUAUUUGCAUUAAUUUGUGGUAAUAAAAUAAUAAUAAGCAGUAAAUCCUCUAUAUUGUCGUUUGAGAUAAAGAAAAAAACAAAUGCACUAUGACAUGUAUGUGAAGUGCUAUUAUAAUGAGACUAAAAUUUGCGGUACCAUCGCAGUUGCAAUGUUUUUCAUUCGAAUGUUUUUCGCUGAAGACAAAUCGAUCGUCAAUUGAAAAUCAAACGGAAAUGUACAAGUAGGUAUAUAUGUUACCAACUGUAACAUCGGACACGUUUAAACAUGUAACUUAAUGUUAUAUUCAUGAAAUUCAGUUCAAAGUGUUUCAUAGGCAUAUUAUUAACAGUACAUAACAAGGAAGUUUUGAUUUGUAGAUAAAAAAUACAACAUUAUUUUAGACAUUAGUAGACAUAGACAAACCUUUUUGCACUACAAAGAACUUCUACCUGUCAUAGACUCUUUUUUUUUGCCUACCUACGCUGAUAGCCUUGAGAGGCUAUUUCAGCUUCGCCCUAACGUUUGUAGGUGAGCUCACAGAGUUCAACCGGAGAGUUGCUAACACUGACCCUAGCAAGAGCAGUUCUUCGCAGAAUCUACCACCGGAUCGGAAACGCGACCCACUGAGAAGAUCCGGCGAGAAACUCAGUGGGCUCCUGUCAUAGACUAUACAGUCAAAACUUACACUCUAUGAGUUUAAAAAAUUUACACGAAUUCACCAAAUUUUUACAAAUUCCGGAAUCCAUUCAAAUACCGUGACUUCAAAAACGUGCCAAAUUACGCAGUCGGAAACUCUUAUUAAGCUCGAACUAGGACUUUUGAGUUUGAUUCUCGAUCUAGAGUAGAGAGUCAAGAUGAGGGAAUCUAAUGAAGAAAUUCGAUACGUUUUAUAAUUUUACUGCAAAAAAGGUAAAAAUGCAACGCAAGCCGCGAAAAAAAUUUGCGAUGUUUAUGGACCUAUGGACCUAGUGCAGUGUCUGUAAGAGUAGCACAAAUUUGGUUUAAGCGUUUUCAAUCCGGAAAUUUUGAUGUCAAAGAUGCUCGUCGCUCUGGUCGCCCUAUUACGAAUAAAAUGGAUGCCAUUUUUUGAAAAAGUGAAGCAAGAUCUGCAUAUCAGUAGUUAUGAUGUAGCUGAAGAAACUGGAAUUUACCACAAAACAAUUUUGGCGCAUUUGAAAAAAAACUGGGUACACGAAAAGCUCGAUAUUGGUUACCUCACGAGCUCACUGAAAGAAACCUAAUGAACUGUGUAGGUACUCAUUUGUGAUUCUUUAUUACGACGUAAUGAAACCGAACCAUUUUUGAAGAAGCUGAUAACUGGUGAUGAAGAGUGGAUCACGGACGACAAGAACGUGCGAAAAAGGUCGUGGUCAAAGGCCGGUUAGGCUUCACAGGCUGUAGCAAAGCCCGGGUUAACUCGCAACAAGGUGAUGCUGUAUGUGUGGUGGGAUUGGAAGAGCAUUAUUCAUAAUGAGCUGUUACCACCAGACAGGACCAUCGAUUCUGAACCCUACUGCGAACAACGGAUUAGAUUAAAGCAAGAAGUUGAGAGAAAGCGGCCGGAAUUAAUCAACAGAAGAUGUGUGGUUUUUCAUCAUGAUAACGCUAGACAGCAAAAAGUAAGAGCUUGGCUGGAAGGUGUUAAUGCAUCCGCCGUAUAGUCCUGAUCUUGCACCUUUAGAUUUCCACCUGUUUCGGUCUCUUCAGAAUUUUUAGGCAGUGUCUGGUUAAGAUCACGAGAGGACUGCCAAAACCAAUUGUCGCGGUAUUUUGACCAGAAGCCCCAAAAUUUGUAUAGCAAUGGGAUCAUGUCUCUACCUGCAAGAUGGCAAAAUUUUAUCGAAUAAAAUGGUAUCUACAUACUUUAGUUAAAUGUAAAUAUAUAUAAUAAUAUAUAUUAAAAAUGUUGUGAAUUUUCUUUUUUUAAUGAAUUUUCUUUUACGAAGAAACUUUUUCUCCAGCCUAUUACAUAUGUAUCUAGUACUGCAUGAUAAAUCGAUGUCUUUGAAGCGUCUCGUAUUGACGAAGAAAAAUUCUACUCUUGUUCUUUUUCACCCUCUUCAAUCGUUAAAUCCUUGAUAAGUUUCCAUAGACUAAGCCGAGGAUUUAGAUCAGAAACAGUUCCGCUAGUAACUGCAUUGGAAUAGUUGAAUACUAAUGUAAAGUUGCGCUUGAAAAUCGUGUGUUCAGUGAACACAGUGAAUUCUCAGAUAAGUGCCAGGACCAGGAUAGAACUCAAUGUGCUUCCGUUUGACUCCAUCACCGUCGAACCGCCCGGACAAUCACAGUUUGUAACUUAAAGCCAUUUAAAUCUUAGUUCAAGGCCAAAAGUUUGACUUUGAUCUUUCCGGGGAGGGUUAUUAGAAGAUUUAUACAAAGAGAAGAUAAUGCUUAAAAUAAUGUUGCAUUUGUAAUUUGUUUCUUUCUGACGUAAUUUGCCUUUGACUUAUAAAGGGUUAACCAUAUAGAUAUUAGUGUUUCAAUGUUCUUGAUGUAUUAGUCAUUUUAAUGAUCUCUAUGUUGCAUGUAAUCAUUAUCCAUAGCCUGAGGCUCUCUUAAAGAGCCUUUCUGUACUGCAAUGUUGUUCAUAAAAUAAAUAAAAAAUAUAAAAA